ACAUCCUCUGAAGUGAAUACAUGGAUUGCAGUGGGAAUGAGGGACAAAAUAGUCCAGGUCCUCAUUCUCAAUAUGAAUUCACAGCUGCAGGCUGUGUUUUUGGUGCAACUCAACAAUUCAGUGCCCAAGUCUGUAGCAUUUGCAGAGAAUGGAUGUGUCUAUGUCUUCGGACUAUAUGAUGGGAACUUCAUCAAGGUGAGAGGUGAUGACGGCGCAGUGGUAAAGGAAUACAGCUGCCAAUCAGUUAUCGGACAUGCAGCAGUCAACCAGAAGAGGGGCGUGUAUGUAGUGGACAAUGCCACUGAUGGUUUCACUUUGUAUCGACUUGAAGGUGAUGAGGAACCAGUUCGAAUGUUCAUGACUGCUGCUCAAAGUGUAUCUGUCCCCAAGCAGGUGGCAUUCAGGGCAGAAGGAAGGUUGAUUGUCAGGGGGAGUGACCAUGGAUUAGUGUAUGUAUUCGAGAGAAAAUCAGGGAAGUUAUUCGAAACUCUCUGCCACUCCAAUACAGACUUGGUGCAGACAAUUGCAGUAGGUGUCGAAUUCAAAGUGUAG